AUUUUGAAAGUCUUCCUGGAGUUUCCAGCAGUGCCAAGUGUUGGAGAAAUUUUUUCUGUCCCUCUGAUAGUGAAGUGAUCAAAAACAACCCCUCAGGAGGCGAGUGAAGAGUGGUCACAGGUUUUGGAAGGUGACAAUGAAAUGUGAAGAAGUUACAUUUCUAAUGUGAUACUUGAAAGUUAGUGACUGCUUGCGAAAUUUUGAUGAAAAUUAAAUAUGACUUAGAAGCAUUGCUUUAUGAAGGUUUAUGAUGUCAUCGGUUGCGACUGAACACAAACUCCAGCAGGCUGUGAGCCUGCAGGGAGUUGACCCAGAAACAUGCAUGAUUGUAUUUAAAAACCACUGGGCGCAGGUUGUGAAGAUCUUAGAGAAGCACGACCCCUUGAAGAACACCCAGGCAAAAUACGGGCCCAUCCCUCCCGACGAGGCCAGUGCAGUGCAGAAUUAUGUAGAACACAUGCUCUUCCUGCUGAUUGAAGAACAAGCCCAGGACGCUGCCAUGGGGCCGAUUCUGGAAUUUGUGGUCUCUGAGAACAUAAUGGAGAAACUCUUCCUUUGGAGCUUGAGGCGGGAGUUUACUGAUGACACCAAAGUCGAGCAGCUAAAGAUGUACGAGAUGCUGGUCGCCCAGUCGCACCAGCCCCUGCUGCACCACAAGCCCAUCCUGAAGCCCCUGAUGAUGCUGCUGAGCUCUUGUUCGGGAACAGCCACCCCCGCUGUGGAGGGGAAGCUGGUUGUCCUGCUCAACCAGCUCUGUUCCAUCCUUGCCAAAGAUCCGUCCAUCCUGGAACUCUUCUUCCACACGAGUGAGGACCAAGGGGCGGCCAACUUCCUCAUCUUCUCCCUUCUAAUUCCCUUCAUUCACCGAGAGGGGACCGUGGGUCAGCAGGCCCGGGACGCUUUGCUUUUCAUCAUGUCUCUCUCUGCCGAGAACAGCAUGGUGGCCCAUCACAUCGUGGAGAACACCUACUUUUGUCCUGUGCUUGCAACUGGGCUCAGUGGUCUCUACUCUUCCCUGCCUACAAAGCUAGAAGAGAAAGGCGAGGAGUGGCACUGCCUUCUGAAAGAUGACUGGCUCCUACUCCCCUCUCUCGUACAGUUCAUGAACUCCCUGGAGUUUUGCAACGCCGUCAUACAGGUGGCUCAUCCUUUGAUUCGUAACCAGCUUGUAAAUUAUAUUUACAAUGGGUUCUUGGUACCAGUCUUGGCUCCUGCUCUCCACAAGGUGACUGUGGAGGAGGUCAUGACCACAACUGCCUACUUGGACCUUUUUCUGCGUAGCAUCUCCGAGCCAGCACUACUUGAGAUCUUCCUUCGUUUUAUCCUGUUGCACCAGCACGAGAAUGUUCACAUCCUAGACACUCUCACCAGUCGAAUCAACACCCCAUUUCGGCUCUGUGUGGUGUCCCUGGCAUUAUUUAGGACUCUCAUCGGUUUACACUGUGAGGACGUGAUGUUACAACUAGUUCUGAGGUAUCUGAUCCCUUGCAACCACAUGAUGCUGAGUCAGAGGUGGGCUGUGAAGGAGAGAGACUGCUACUCGGUGUCUGCGGCCAAGCUGCUCGCCCUGACCCCGGUCUGCUGCUCCAGCGGGAUCACCCUGACGCUUGGGAACCAAGAGAGGGAUUAUAUCCUCUGGUCAAAGUGUACGCACGAUAGUUCAGGGCCCCUGGAGCAGCCGCUGCCUGAGGCGUCCUCCCCAUCGGCCUGCAUCGUGGAGUACGGCAAAGCCCUGGACAUCAGCUACCUGCAGUACCUCUGGGAGGCCCACGCCAACAUCCUCCACUGCAUGAGGGACUGCCGGGUCUGGUCGGCCCUCUACGACGGAGACUCCCCGGACCCUGACACCUUCCUCCAGAGUCUGACGGAGGAGAGCACCACCAGCCCCGCCUGCCCCGGGCUCCGGCUCAGGCUUCCCCAGCAGCUCCCCAGGGAGACGGGCCCUCAGCUGCCUCCCAGAAAGGACAGGGGCCACACGGAACUGGAGUGGGACGACAGCUAUGACACCGGGAUCUCCUCGGGGGCCGACCUGGAGAACCCUGGCCCGCCGGCGCCCAUCGAGCCGCCCAAACACAUCCAGGAGAUGAAGAAGAACGCCAUCCUGCGCUUCAAAGGGUCGUACAUCGAGGAGUCCGACUUUCAGGACGACGUGAUGGUGUACAGGUUGUGUGCGGAGAAGGACGCCGAGGACACCAGAAAGUCACAGGAGGAGCCUGCGAGGCCCCCGGCCCAGGGCCAGGCCGAGGGGCAGAGCCCCCCCACGAACAACGGCCCCCUGCCCAGCCCUCAGCCAGAGACAGACUCUGAGGCGGAGCGUCACAGGGACAACUCAGACGUGGUUCCCAAUGUGUCCGCCGAGCCACCACCAGAGAAGGGGCCCCCGGUGGCCCCGGAAUCAGACUCAGAGGCAGCACCCCCUGUCUCCGAGGCAGAGCACGGUGCGGACCCCACGGCGGUUGACCCGGAGGGUGAAGAUUUCAUUGCCCAGUACGACCAGAUCUUUAAAGAACUGGACUCUGGCACCCAGGGCUUGAUGGGGCAGAAUUCCUCUUCCCAGGGUCCUGAUCCCUUGCUCCUCCCAGAAGAGCAAGAGGGGAAGGAAGAGAGCAAAGGAGAGCAGGAGGAAGAGGAGGGGAAGAAGGAGGAGGAGGAGGAGGAGGAGGAGGAGGAGGAUGACUUUGACUCUCUGAUGGCGGAAGCUCCUGCCGAAGAGACCGUGCCCUCCCCCUUUGGGGUGAGAGAGGAGGCUGACUGUGCCAGUCGCCGUCCCCUGAGGACUCAGAGCGCCCCGUUCACAGGCCCGUUCAUCAGCGUGGUCCUGUCGAAGCUGGAGAACAUGCUGGAAAACUCUUUGCACGUUAAUUUGCUGCUCAUCGGGAUCAUUACGCAGCUGGCCAGCUACCCACAGCCACUCCUGCGCUCCUUUCUGCUCAACACCAACAUGGUCUUCCAGCCAAGCGUCCGCUCUCUCUACCAGGUCCUCGCAUCUGUGAAAAACAAGAUUGAACAGUUUGCUUCUAUGGAGAGAGACUUCCCAGGGCUCCUCAUACAAGCCCAGCAAUACCUGCUCUUCCGAGUGGACAUGUCUGACGUGACAGCUGAGUCGCUAACCAAAGAUCCCACUCAGGAUGGUUCCAGGACGGGAGCUGGCAGGAGCCUUCUGGAUGGUGCCCCAAGAGUGCUCCAGCCCUUCCUGACAAGCAGAGCCGCGGUGGCGGGGGUGCCGCCAAGCCUGCCCCUGCCGGUGAGGAACACCAUGCUGGCCGCGGCCCUCUUCCCCGAGUUCCUGAAGGAACUGGCUGCCUUGGCCCAGGAACACUCCGUUCUCUGCUACAAGAUCCUGGGGGACUUUGAGGACUCCUAUUGUUAGCUUUUUUUUUUUUUUUAAAUAGAGGUUCUUAUUUUUUAAGGUUUUAGUGUCUUGACUGAAUGUUAAAUGCAAAGCUGCUUACAAAGAUUUCUACUUUGAUGUUUCCUGACAAUACUUGAUUUGUGGGGAGGGGACCUUCUGGGCACCUCCUCUCUCUCUCGCUGGGCCUUCCCACCCUGCGUCACACAGAAUGUAAGUCUCAUAAGCUGGCUGCUUCGUGGGCGGGUUUUCUUUGCUGUUUUUCCUCCUCAAAUAUUUUGGUUGUUAUUCUCUCAUCCCUUUGAGUCGACUCAUCUUGCAGCGUAGAGCACACCAAGCGAAUAUGGGGGUUCAGUGACUUCUGGAAGUGCCCCUUGUCAGGUCGGCUCUUCAAUGGCACGUGAAGAAAGCACACCUGUUCCUGUUGCCUUCUGCAUUUUGGCUUCCGUUUCAUCAAAGGGAAGAAUAAAAAUGGAGCCUCCAUCACGUAAGCACGUA